CUGCCUGUGGUUAAGCACAAGGGGCAGUAGAGAAAACUGUAUAUCAUAUGAAUGUCAUUUUAGUCUUGCCUUGACGGAAACGGAUACGGCUUUCAUGUAUUGCGCUUAACGUUUGUUUGAGAUCUUGGGUACGAGUUACGUACACCCAAGAAGUCAUGUAUCUUAAGGUACAACGCGGUGAUGGAGGAAGGUGCCAAAAAUUCGGUAUCUAGAUAGUUUAGGUAUCUAGAGGGGAAUUUAACACUGUCAUCAACAUUUAGAGGCAGUUAUUGCUUUCACUUUUGAAUAUAGUACUUUCUUCGCACGAUGAUACUGAUGAAACACCCAUAAAGUUUUGUCCUAUUUCAAUUGAACUGUUUGCUAUGGUUAUAUUAUUCGUCCUAGCAGUAAAUUAUCAACAGCGAUUGGCCGAAGACUGGGGAAUACUUUAUGGACAUCACGGGGUGGAGUUUCACGGAACUAUACAACUUAAGCCAGCUUUGACUAAAAAAAUUCGAGAAUGAAAGAAGUUUGUGAAUAAGAAAUGUUUAAAAUGACAAAGUGAGUUAAAAUGUUCAAGUUUAAUAAAUGUUUGUUUACAUAUUUAUAUAUAAUUGCGAAACUUGCUUGUGUUUUUGUAGUUAUAAACAUUGCACGUGGCUUGUAUGUUGUUAAUUAUUAAUGAAGGAAAACUGUCUUUGGAUUACUUCAUUAAAAUUCCUUAAAUUUAUAAUGAUUAUUUAUCAUUCUUGAACGAUGUGUUGGAAUUUACGGUUUAGCUUACCGAAAAUUGCUGAUAUGUUGCUAGUUUUAUGAAUUGAAUGCUGUUGUAACGUGUAGUUAAUAUCUUAAAACGGAAUAACAUGAAUAUAUGUACGGAUAAAGGUCAUAAAGUCGGAAGUCUUUGUAUGUUAUGUUGACAUGAAGCAAACGGCGUCCAUUAGCAACCGAAGGUACUCGUGUGGAAAAAGAAAAUUACUUUUUUAAAAAAAAUGGGACAACAAUGCGUUUAUUACCUCUUGUAAACUUGAAUCUUUUACCCAGAAAUGAAUGAAGAAGUAAACAAAAAAGACUCAUCAGCCUAUGUUCUAUACGAGCAAUUACAAGCGGAGUAUAACAAGUUGUUGAAAAAGCAUGCUGCCGCUGAAAAUACUAUUGAUGAAUUAAGAACUGGUACGAGUCUUCAUUUAUACUCAGAACCAAUACAAAGCACCCCAAAUGGUACUUUGGGUUUGGAAGAAACAAAAUAUACACAAACCAUCAACUAUUCCAGACCUAUGCAAGCAAAUACGAGCGAUUAUUCGACAAUGAACGAGACAUGUACAACAAAUUUUUCGUCGACAACAGGUGGUCCUUGGACAUUACAAUCUAAAAGAGACGCUAAUUCAGAAUUUCGUGCUUUUGCCUCUCGUGUAAAAGCAUUAAACGAGGAUGUGAACACUGUGGAAAGUCUUUCAUGUGUGGAUGAAGCGAACGAGACGGAAACAUUGAACGACCUUCGUAAUGUUUGUUCACAACUUCGUAAUGAACACUCGAAGCUGAAGUGUGAUUUAAAAUUACUGUCACGCAACUCUAUGUCUCAUGAGCUGCAUUCUUCUAGUGACGGGAAAAUGGUUAGCACAAAGUCAGAGUUAAAUAAAGAGCUGUCGAGAAUUAUCUUGCAUAUUGAUGAGAUUGAGGAAGAUAUAACAGGACGAUUAGACGCAUUAAAGUCCCUCUUUUUUAGCGGAAGGCGUUCAAGCGAGAAUGACCUGAAAUCACACGUAGAUAAAGAGAAUCUAGCAAGCAAAAUAAGAAAUUUUGACACGACAGUCAGUCAUGCCGACAGACUUCCGAGAAGAAAAUCAUCUUCUACGACGAUUGAUUCACUGUAUUUCACAUCAAGUCCAAGGAAAAGUCGGUCAGAAAAUGGAUCACGUGACAGAGAGGACGAACUUGAUGACUCGCAACACCACAAGUUGAAUGUGACCUGGCCGCAAUCUCGUCAACCAUUGCACAACAAUCUUGUUGUGUUACGUCACAGUUUCUCGGAAACACCACAACAUCAUGACUGUAACAAAAAGGGCAUGGUUCCUGUAUUAUCACAUGAUACAUCCUAUGUAGAUAAGACUUGCAAGAAUAAAAAUGCUGUUGAUGUUGGUACGUGUGAAAAGGAAGAGUCAAGAUUACGCUCAACUGAUGAAGAAACCUUAGAUGAUGAAACGACAUCUCCUUUAGGAGAAAAAUCUUUAUAUAAUUCAGAAAUAGAUCAUUUACCAUCACAUGGGGAUCAAGAAAAACAAACGACAUCUUCACUUUACAAUGACUACUACACAAAGGAAAAUUUCUCUCCAUCUUGUCAUGAAUCUUCUCAAUCAAAGCCAGCGUCAGGAGAAGCGACAGAGAAAAGUUUAUCAGAUAUUAAAGAUAAUGUUGCAUCGCAACACGCCACGAAAGAUCGCUUGAAUUUUGAUGAUGGUAAGGGAAAUUCGAGAAAAGUAGUUUUAGAUGAAGAAGAUGGCAAAAAUCUUAAACUCCACCGACAAAAACAGCAUAUUUCAUCCUUAGAUCAUCAGACACGUAACUUCAACAGUUUGUCGAGUUUAGGUGACAGCAGUCGAUUAUCUACACCUUUAUUUCAACCACGCGGUACAACACGUAUGUCUCCUAGAGUUGCACGUGGAUAUCACGCAUCAAAAUGUAACUAUGGGAACCAGAAUGACGGGUUCGACAGUGGUUUUGUAGGUUCGGACGUUAGUCGUAAUUCACGACAGUUCACUGGACGUCUCGAACAUUCACCGUCAAAGAUUAAUUUAACCAGUCAGUGGGACUCGAAUUAUCAUCUUGAUCUUGUAACGGAAGAUGAGGAGGAAACGGAACAAAUGAGUCCAUUGAAGCUUUCCUCAAGCAACGAUCGUACUGCAAAUCUUCACCGUCAUUCUUCAAUGACCAAUUUAACCGUCGAACAGCCAAAUGAUGAUGUUUUACGUAUACAGAACGAAAGACCGCUGUCCUCAACAGAGAAGACGCCUGUAUGCUCAUCUCGUUAUAAGAUGACUUCUUCAAACAUCAACCGUCGUUAUCUUGACAGACGUCGCAAACCAACAUCUUUUUCUUCAACUGACAAUGAUUCAAGUGCAGAAGAAACUACCAAAGUAUUUCGUCAUUCACGCAGACAAGCAGACAUUAAAUUAAGUCCUGUUCCAAUGCCAGACCGUUUACCAACUGACACUGACAAAUCAACAAGAAACGAUGAGUUAAGUUUAAAAUAUAUCGACGAUAUUGAAAGGCAACAAAGAAAUUUUCAAAAUGAACUUAAUUCUCUUCAUAAACGUGUUAACAUAAUGAGCAGUUCUCGCGAAUCUUCGGGGAUGUACGAUAGGUUACGAGAUCACCACGAACGCUUGCGAAAGAUGGACGAACGCAAACAAAAUCGUAAACUGGAUGAUUUGCGACAAGCUAUUGAAAAUUUAAAAAUAGAUGUGCUUUCUAGUAGGAAAAAGGAUAAUUUUACAACACUUAACGAAAAUUUCCGUCGCGAGUUACAAAAUAUUGCCGACAAAUUAGAUCAACUUUCUUCCUUGGGUAUUAUUACUCCUGACAGGUCACACAUAUCUACUGGUAUCAAUUCAUCACCCAAUGAGACCAUGGAAGAGAAACAGUCUGUUCGUGAUGACGACAUGGCUGUGCGUCUUCGUAAUUUAGUACGCAAAGUUGACGAACUUAGAAGUCGUGUUGAUGAUCAAGAUGAGAAAUUAGUUUUUCAACAUAAAAAUUAUAGAGAUUUUUGUCGUUUUUGUGAUAACGAAUAUAGUGAUAUCAAUGUACAUCAAGGAGCAUCCACUGUGAAUACUGUAGACCAUCUCAAUCCACGAACAUCCACUCCCUUUUCAAAACAUUCUAGAAAACUUGACCAACGGACAUAUUUAUCGAGAAGUUAUCCCGGUGCAACACCACACCAAUCAUCCCCCUUAGUUCAUCAUAUCCACACUUACCACGGCCAUUCUCGUUUUGGAGAGUUUUAUGAAACAUCGGAUGAUGAAGAUUUAGUCAAGAGAAAAAGGUCUUCGCGUCGAAAACGAAAAGUUAAACAUCGCCAAUCUCGUUUCAAUCAAUCGUACAACCAUCAUCCCUAUCUUGAUGAAGCUUGCAACGCAGCCUGGGAUGUACAACGAUUAUCAAAAAACAUUUUGAACACCAUAUCAUAUGAUUUGACGUCUCUGCGAACUUAGCUCACAAUUUCUUGAGAAUUGAUCCACUCGACGUGGUUGUUGAAAGGUGUUUAUGAAAUGUUCGAGAUCCUCUAAAUAUAUGUAAACCGCACAUUACCUCAGCAGUGUAAAUUAUUCUGGCCUUCCUUCUUAUAUAAUUAUUCUAUAUGUUACAUACUCAUUUACUACUUAUGUAUUAUUGAAAUUAUUUUGAUAAUUAUCACCUCUUGUUAGGUAAUAGAGGUACAAACCUCUCUUUCAUUUCAUUUGUACUUUUAGUUUCUAAGGCAUUCCUUUCUACAAAUUGUUUUUUGUACUUAGCUUAAAGAUGUUAAUGGCACUUGAACAGGUGUAUGACCUACCACCGUCAUAAAUACAUAGCAUGGAGAAGUGCAUCAUUUCCGAAA